AUGUUGAAGAAAUAUGGGGUGACACAUCUCGUUGUUACACCGUAUCACCCCCAAACUAAUGUGCAAGUAGAGACCUCUAAUAGGGAGAUUAAAAAGAUACUUGUGAAAGUAGUGAAGCCUAGCCGAAAGGAUUGGGUCACAAGAUUGGAUUAUGCACUUUGGGUAUAUAGGACAGCCUACAAAGAACCUAUAGGUAUGUCACCUUUUAGGGUGGUUUUCGGAAAGGCUUGUCAUCUACUUGUGGAGAUUGAGCAUCAAGCUUAUUGGGCCAUGAAAGCAUGCAACUUGGAUUUGGAAGAAGCAGGGAAAGAAGAGAAACUUCUGUUGCAAGAACCAGAGGAGAUUAGGCUUGAUGCAUGGUUGAGGGAGUGCGGGAAAAUUUACCGAGUUAUAGAGUGCAGUGAUUCACAUAAGUUGUCCUUCAUCACCUUCCUACUGGUGGCAGAUGCUGAGUAUUGGUGUCAGGGGAUGCAACAGCUGAUGCAGACCCAAGAAGGGUAG